GCGAACCGAGAGAGAGAGAGAGCAUGCCUGGAGAUUCCAGCCUUCCAGGUUGGAGUACCGGCAUUAGGUUCAAUUAGGUUCGGAAGUACGGUCAAUUGCAGUUAGAUUUACUCGGGCAGUGUGACAUAUCCGUCGCUUACAAGUACUUGUGCCGAGAUACGUGCGUAAUGUCUCAUUCGCUCGUACGCAAGAGAUACGCAGCAGUUAGUUUCUGCAGUUAGCUCCUCUCAGUACGUAUAUCAUAAUUCGUUGAGCGAAUUGAGGAACCGUGCAUCCUCGUGGCGUUAUAUUUACGCACAUGUAACAUCGCGAACAACUAUUCGGCAGUGCUGGAACGCGUAGGUUCGUGCGGCGAAGGAAACGGCGCAUUAGUUUCUAACCUCUAGUUGCACUAUUAUUUCCGGAGAAGAGAUUCCGCGGGAAUAAGGGAGGAGCGAGUCGAAGAGCAUGAGUCCGUUGAACAGAGGAUCGCUCAUGGGGCCGAGGAUGCCAGGGGCCGGUGCACGACCACUUCCGCCGCCUAGAUUCGGCAUCGGGCCUCCGGGCACGCCGCGGAUACCGCCGCCACCGAUAAAUCCAUUCGGCCACAUGCCCAUGCGGAAUAGGUUACCGCCGCCAGCGAGGUUACCCGGCGGCGUAUCUCGGCCGAACGGCAUGCUGCCGCUGUUUCCAGGUGGCCCUAGGGCACGUGGUAUGGCACCUAUCGUGCCACCGAUGGUGCCACCACGUGGAGCCGGGCCACCACGUGCGCCUCCCCCGCGACCGUGGUUCCGGAGAAUGGCGCCGAUCCCGCCAAUGCCGCCAGUGCACAUACCGCAUAUGCCGCACGUGCGACGCAGAUUCAAUGCAGAUAAUGGAAAUGUCAAGGGCAAGCCGAUGAAUAAUACAAGGAAAGUCAACAAGCUCGAAGAAUUAGAAUUAAAAAAACCAUGGAUGACCGAUGACAUCCGUAACGAGGUACAAAAGAAAAAUAAACUGUAUGCUAAAGCAAAAAAAAACAAAAAUGCAGUAGAAUGGGAAGAAUUUAAGGAUCUCCGAAACAAAGUAACCAGGAUGAUAAGAGACGCAAAAAAUGAGUAUUUUGCCAAGCAUCCUGAACAGGCCCUUCUGUACCCAGAUGAUGAGGAUGAGGAAGAUGAAAGUAACAUCGUUUCUGAUGAGGACACAUCUUGUCGCGAGAGAGUAUGCAAUAGAGAGUUUCCACCCAAAGAAACUGUCUUCGAAGAUGGAGAUCACACAUGUGGCAUCGAUGGAUGUACCUAUACGGCGAAUUCCUUACUAGUUGAGAAACAUAUGCGUGUGGAACAUGAUAAGCAUAUUCUUGUGGUAUAUCAGGAUCCGAAGAAUACAAAUAUGUCGACAUCGGUUGUUCAAUACAUGAUGGACCGAAGAAGGAGGUUUCUCCAAAUAAGAAAGAACUUAGAGGCAAUGGAGUCAGAAAAAUUAGAAAAAAAGGAGAUAAAACAGACUUGUAAUAAAAAACCAAAGAAGACAACUAAUACGCGCGAGAAAAAAAGCAAGAUUCGCAAACGACGUAUACGCGAAUUUGAUAACGAUUCUGUUUGCACAGUCGAUACGUAUAAAGGUUUGCGUCCGUUUCCUGGAAUAGGAGAGGAAGAGGAAGAUAAAACAUGUUUAUAUAUAGACAAAGAAAUAGAGCAAGCAGAUUUAUGUGAAAAAGUUAUUUGCAAUCUUUCGGACGAAGAUGUGCCACAAAUUAUAAUACCCGAAUCCACGAAUGCGUCUGUACCAACGUUAGUGGCAGACUAUGAAGAUGGGACAGACGAUGAUGAACCUCCAGAAGUAUUACCAAUAAAGAAACUUAAGACAUAUCUUCAAGAUGAUAAAACAACGAAGGAUGCCGUUAAUGGAGAAACUUGUGGCCAAAUUAAAGAAAAAACUUCCGACGCUCUACAAAUUUCUACGCCACCUACAGAUGCGGAAUGUACAGAUGCAAAUGCCAAAUCAAACAAAAGAUCUCGAAAUGAUAUUGAUAAAUGUCAGGAUAAACAGAAAAAUAAUAAAAAGCAGAAUUGCAGGGAGAGAACAGCUAUUAACAAGAAAAAUGAAAGCAAUUCGCAUAAAUAUCAUAAUAAAUUCCUAGAAAGCUUGCUCUCGCGUGACAUCCAACAUGAAAGAAAUUUAAUUUGUCAAUGUAUGAGAUAUAUUAUAGAUAAUAAUUUUUUUGAUUAAAAACGGAUUUUUGUAAGAUUUCUCUAUUUUGUUUACAUUCUUAACAUUUCUUAUUCUGUGAUAAACAUCUUUCAGUGCGCGAGAUGUAAGAAGCAAUUGCAUGUGUAUAUAUAUGUAUAUUUCUUUUAAUGAUUAUUUAUAAUAAAACUUUGCCUCAAAGAA